CCGGAAGUGGCCUCCGGGCCCCGCCCCGCGGUGGUUGGCUAGUUUCGGACACUUUAUAUUCAGCUCCCAGCUACAGUGAGGCCUGAGUACUACUUUGGCCCAAGAUGGCUCGAGAAUCAAGGGAAAGCUCAUCCUUGGAUGCUCAACCUGCAGAGGACCAGAUGGAGCUUCUGGUCAUCAAAGUGGAGGAGGAAGAAGCUUCUGUCUUUGCAGAGAGGUCUAGUUUACCUGAUAGCUCCACUGCUGCCGCCGGCUCCGAAGGCUCCCGCCAGCGCUUCCGUGCUUUCCGCUACCCAGAGGCCACGGGUCCCCGCGAGGCACUUGGCCGGCUCCGGGAGCUCUGCCGACGGUGGCUGCGGCCCGACCUGCACAGCAAGGAGCAGAUCCUGGAGCUGCUGGUGCUGGAGCAGUUCCUGACCAUCCUGCCCAGGGACCUGCAGAGCUGGGUGCACACGCAGCGCCCCGAGAGUGGGGAGGAGGUGGUGGUGCUGUUGGAGUAUUUGCAGCGGCAGCUGGAUGAGCCGACGCUGCAGGUAGAAAGUACAGGUUUGGGGCAAGAACUGCUUAGUUGCAAGAGGGAAUUGUUGACACCAACUCAGGGAUCACAAAGUAGCCAAUUCCAACCAGCGAAGGCUUUGUUGAGGCACAAAUCUCUGGGAUCUCCAUCUCUACAAGACAGGGUUCUCCAGGGUUCCGGACUUGCCCAGGGAGGGAGCUGCAGAGGAGACAUGGUGGCUGCUCCACAGUCUCAGGAGUUGCGGAAAAUGGAAAGUGGGGCCCAGAUGCUCCGUCCUGGGUGGACGCAGCCAGAUCCACCUCAGAUGCACUUUUACAUGGAUGAAAAGCUGGAGAGCUUUAACAGCCUCAAUUCCCUAGGUGGUGACACACAGACUAAGAUCAGGAUCUUGCCUCCAGCUGAGCCACAACCAGAGCAAGAGCCAGGACAGACACCAGGCCACUUGAAUGGUGACAUUGCCCGGAUUCCCACACAUGCGCAAGCUGGGGAGCCAGAGGGCAGGUUAAAAAGGAAGCGCCAGAAUGCCUCAGGGAGUGGCCGGCACAUCUGCCAUGAGUGUGGGAAGAGUUUUGCGCAGAGUUCAGGCCUGAGUAAACACAGAAGAAUCCACACUGGAGAGAAACCCUACGAAUGUGAACAAUGUGGGAAAGCCUUUAUUGGGAGCUCUGCUCUUGUCAUUCACCAGAGAGUUCACACCGGGGAGAAGCCCUAUGAGUGUGAAGAAUGUGGCAAGGCUUUUAGUCACAGUUCAGACCUUAUCAAACACCAGAGAACACACACUGGGGAGAAGCCCUACGAGUGUGAUAACUGUGGAAGAACCUUCAGCCAGAGCUGCAGUCUCCUUGAACAUCACAGAAUCCAUACAGGGGAGAAGCCAUACAGGUGCACUGUGUGUGGCAAAGCUUUUAGGCGGAGUUCACAUCUCCUGAGACAUCAGAGGGUCCAUGGGGAUAAAAAGAUUCAGGAAUCUGAACAUGGAGAGGCCUGGGGAUGCCAGGCUAGGACGGAAAGUCAGUGGGAAAAUGUCCAAACUCCCGUGUCUUAUAAAUGUAAUGACUGUGAAAGAAGUUUUACUCAGAAUACAGGUCUUCUUGAACAUCAAAAAAUCCAUACUGGGGAGAAACCCUAUCCGUGUGACACAUGCGGAAAGGGCUUCACGCGAAUGUCAGACCUGAUUCAACAUCAGCAAAGCCACGAGGGCAAGAAAAUUCUAUCCUAGUAAUCCAUGCUAUAUGGGAUGGAGUUGGUGCUCAUUCCUCACUGAACUGAAGCCAUUCUGGUGCUACUCCUAUCUAUACAAAUUGUGGGUUUUGGCUGUAUUUAGUAUUACACAUCAUUAGGUAUUAAAAAUACAUCAAUUACCUUGUAAUGUCUAGAACAUGAUUGGGAAAAAGCUUUAUGAGGCUGCGGGAGAAUUGUCUGGGAGAGGUGGGACCUCCCC